AUUUGACGUCAGAAUCAUAUAAAGUUACGCAGUAAAGCUGUGGUAUAAUACAGGUCAUAUAUUUUUGCUUGGAUAAUAGAACUCUAGAAUUUUUUAUUUGAAAAUCUCCCAAUAGCUUGCUUUACAAUCAUGGAAAAGUUGUAUGUCUUUACCUUUGGCGUUUUGGGAUUGUUUUGUGUUUUCACCCUUGGAAAUUCUGACCUUAUAAACUGGUGCCGCGACAAGGACGGAUUGAACUGUUGGCGGUACGUGGACGCCAAGUGUUUGGGGUUCUACGAGGACUGGGCCAGAGAAAACUGUCCCUACAGAUGUGGAUACUGUCCAAAUAAGCCUCCCUGUGAGGACUCGGACGCUUCCUGUGAUGCCUACCACCAGGAAUCAUGUUCUAACACCACCACCAGGGCGUACAUGCGCGAGCACUGCAGGAAGAGGUGUAACGAGUGUCACUUACCUGGAGAGAAUCAUCUACCAAACACACCCCCUCCCGGUGCGACUGGCCCCGUACCUACCGACUCCGCGAUGAAACCCCCCGUGGGCAAGUAAUGGGACUGGGGAUACUGAGUGAUACCGUCUAGGAGAGAUGCGAGGAUGUUGUUAUAGACAUGAUUGACUAUUGAAUAAAUUCUUAUAAAAAUCAA